UUAAUUAAUUAAUCAUUAAAAAAAAAAUGAAGUGAAUAAUGGCUGAGGGAAGUAGCAAUGCGAGAGCGAGACGAAGAUGAGGACUCUGCAUCUACUGUGAGACGCUGACUGUCUACUUCCCCUACUCCACCGCAGAUCCAAUCUCCGAUCGCCGAAUCCAGGCCUCACUAUACCGGUUCAGCGCCGAGGAGGUUUCGCCGCUGGCCGGUCUCCGAUCAGAAGAAAAUACAUUGGCGGAAAGAUGAAUUUUUUGAUGCUGCGGUCUAGCAAUCAGACUGCAGCUUCAGACGUGCAGCCUGCUAAAGAUUUGCAGAUUGAGGGAAGUUAUGUGUCAAAAGCUGCUAUUGCAAUGGAAAGUCUAAAUAAUGAAGAACCUUCUCCAGCAAGUACAUCUUCUGAAGCUCACAACACGGAGAGUGAUGAGAAGGGCGGCAGAGAAGUUUCUGAUGAAAAUAGUCACUCUCAAGUUGGCAGCCACACAGAUGUUACGGAAGAAAAUGGUUUCGUUAUUAUUCCAAAUAAUGAAAUUCCUGAAAAUUGGACAAAAGCCCCAGAUAUACAUUCAUUCCAUUCCCUGGACCGCAACUUUGUUUUUCCUGGUGAACAAAUCCGAAUUCUUGCAUGCUUGUCUGCCUAUAAGCAGGAUACUGAGAUAAUUACGCCAUUUAAAAUUGCUGCUAUCAUGAAUAAGAAUGGGACUAGAAAAACUUCCGAGAACCGAAAUGGAAAUGUUCAAGGGGAAACAAAUUCAGAUUGUGAAAUGUUGAGCAGUGUUGAUCUAGAUGAACAACAGGGUGACACUGUUGAGAAAAGGGAAACUAACUCAGACAAGGAUGUGUCAAGUGGGGAAUCUCUCCUUAGAAUGGAAGAUCACAAAAGGCAGACUGAUGAAUUGUUGUUAAGAUUUAAAGAUUCGCAUUUUUUUGCGCGGAUUGCCGAGUUAAGCGAACCACUUUGGUCUAGAAGAAAAGCUCAAGAUGCGGAGUGUGAAACUUCUCCUACAUUUGAAGAACAUUUGGCUGAAGAGUCUUCCGAUGCUGUAAAUAGCGAAAAUCCAAUUAGUGCUGUUAUUGACCGUGGACUAUUUGAUGCCCGGACAUCUGGGGGCCUUGCAAGAGGUGCUGUUGAGUGUUGCUCCUUGUCAAAUGGAGACAUAGUGGUACUUUUAGAGGUAAAUGUUGGUGUCCGGUGUGUUAGAGAUCCAAUCUUGGAGAUUCUUCAAUUUGAGAAGUGUCUAGAAAGAAAGCCGCCCCUUGAUAAACAGAUCCCUUCUGCUUUAAAUAAGGAUCCUUGUGGUGAAUUGUUAAACUGGCUACUUCCAGUGGACAAUUCUGUUUCUCCGCCACCUCGGCCUAUAUCUCCUCCUACAUUGACCUCCAUUUCAAGUAUUCGGAGCACCCCCACAAGACCUACAGUAUCUGGGUCUUCUGGUUCUCAGCUUUUCUCUUUCAGUAAUUUUAGAAGUUACUCUAUGUCAUCCCUUCCACCAAAUGUGACACCACCCGCAACUGUCACAACCCCAAAUGAUAAGCCUAACUUUGAGCCAGAAGAUUGGAAUCAAUUUUCAUUCAAGAAGCUUGCUGAAAGUGGAAAAGGUGGAAAUGAAGGAUUAUUAUCUUUCCGUGGUGUGCCACUUCCACAAGAAAGAUUUUCUGUGCAAUGUGGUUUGGAAGGAAUUUUUACGCCCGGAAGAAGGUGGAGGAGAAAAAUUAAAUUAAUUCAACCUUUAGAAAUUAAUUCAUAUGCUGUUGAUUGCAAUGCAGAUGAUCUGAUUUGCGUCAAUGUUAAGAAUGUUGUCCCUAAAGAUACACCAGAUGUUGUGGUGUUUGUAGAUGCCAUAACAGUAGUUUUUGAAGAGGCAUCGAAAGGUGGACCACCAUUAUAUUUACCUAUUGCUUGCAUUGAACCUGGGAACGACUUCACUUUACCAAAUUUAGCACUCAGGAGAGGUGAAGAACAUUCCUUCAUCCUCAAACCAGCAACUACCCACUGGAAGCACCCUAAAGGUCACACUGAUAGUACUCUAAGACCGUCGCGCUCAGCGGCUGGAAAUGCCUCAUUGAGUUGGCAUCAGCCUAUCAAUGUUGAAGGGAAGCAUGGUGGGUCUUCUUCUGAUCAAUACGCGGUCAUUGUGUCAUGUCGAUGCAAUUAUACUGAAUCCAAGUUGUUCUUUAAGCAUCCAACAAGCUGGCGGCCUCGUAUUUCCAGGGAUCUUAUGAUCUCUGUGACAUCUGAAAUGUCCAGGGAAGCACCUGGGUCUGAUGUAGCUCAACUUCCAGUUCAGGUUUUGACGCUCCAAGCAUCAAAUAUGACGCCUGACAAUCUGACAUUAACAGUUCUCGCCCCAGCUUCAUUUACAUCUCCUCCUUCUGUAGUACCAUUGAAUCCAUUGUCCAAUUUCUCUGAGUUAGUAGAGCAAGGGAAUUUUAAUAGGCAAGGAGGUAUUGCGCACCAGCCAAACUCCCUGCCUCCACAUCAAGGACAGAAAGUGGAAAAUGGCUCUCCCACGGUGUCUAUCAAUCCAAAAACACUUCCUGUGUCUGAUGCAGUUCAAAAUAGUGACUUGGGCUGCACACAUUUAUGGUUACAGAGUCGAGUUCCUCUAGGAUGUGUCCCGUCUCAAUCUAAGGCAACUGUGAAGCUUGAAGUACUUCCAUUGACCGAUGGCAUAAUCACUCUUGAUUCUUUAAGAAUAGAGGUUAAGGAGAAAGGUGUUACUUACGUUCCGGAGCAAUCUCUGAAGAUAUAUGCAACUUCAGGCAUUGCCACGGGAAUAUCCUGAUUUCUGAUAAGGUUAUUUUCUAGACCAAACUGUUAUUGAUUCUAGCGAGACGCAGCUACGGGCAGUCUCUAGAUUGUGUGUUUUUGCAUUUUUCGUGUUGACAGUCGGUCACAUUUCUCAUUCAAGUGCAUCUAGCUCGUAUUUUGUAUGACCCCAGAUUGCGAGUGUCCUAUUCCAUGCGCAAAUUAAAGGCGCUUCUCGUGAAGCUUUUAGCUAAAUGCCUGAGUGCCUUAUAUUUUAUACACACCUCAUUUACAAAAGUAGUCAGAUGGUUUUCUCUUUACAUUAUGGUUGAUAUUUGAUAAUGCUUUUAUCCAAA